CUUCGGUUUGUUUACGUUUAGAUUUGUUUACGUACUUUCAUACAUACAACUAUCACUCUGUGCGAAUAUGACGGGAGGAUCGAGUCCGAGUUUGACGAAAAAUAGCUGCUUGUGCGAGCCAGAGGAGGAUGUCAACGCUGUGAACAAUGACAAAACAGUCGAUGAAGAUGCUCAUAUUCAGGUCGAAGAUUGGCGGCUACAUAAAUUUCAAUCGCCCAUCGAAUUAACGCACGAUGAAAGUAUUCACCACGAUCAUUUUGAACCACUGGAAUUUCAUGGUCAUUGGGACGAAGGUGGUGAUACUACAUUUACAAACAAUGGAUUUACAGCAACGUUGAGAUUUCAAAAUCGAGAGUUGCCUUUUUUGAGAGGAGGUCCUCUUCACGAAGACGAGUACGUAUUCGAUCAAUUACAUUUUCACUGGAGCGAAGAUGACCACAGUGGAUGCGAACAUCUUUUUGAAGGACGAGCUUUUUCCAUGGAAGCGCAUGCAGUUCAUUUUAAUAAGAAAUAUGCGGACUUCCAAGAAGCCCACGAUAAACAGGAUGGUUUAGCUGUCGUCGGCUUUUUUCUACAGGCUACUGAUAACAUCGACAAUCCUUGCUUUGACAAAUUAUCCUCAGCUGUGGUUGACAUUGAAAAAGUUAAUUCUACGACCACCGUACAAUCAGAUUGUUUAACGUGGAUUAAAGAAGUAGCGCAAUGUAAGGGAUAUUAUACAUACCAGGGAUCACUAACAACAGAACCAUAUACUGAAAGUGUUACAUGGAUUUUAUAUUCUACUCCAAUUCAUGUAUCCAGAGAACAGGUUGCACACUUCAGAAAUAUGAAGUCUACUCCUUGUGAACAACACAACAUCAAGAAGAAUGUUAGACCGAUCCAGACGCCACCUACACACAAAAAGCUAAAUGUUUUGUACGCUAGAUCUCACAGAUCAAGUUCACCAGGAGCUGGUGAAAAAUAAUAUUAAAUUAUUAUCUACUUAUUUAUAAAUUUACAGCACUUCUUGUGCUCUCUGGGAAGUAAAAGCAAACAGGCUAUGUCAAUUGUCUAAUAAAAAUAAAGGUAUAGGUAGGUACAAAUAGCGCAAGUUAGCUAAUCUGAUUGGACAAUAGACAAUACUUUCAACAAGGAUGAUAAUACGAGGUGUGUCUUAACACCAUUUACUGACAUAUUCGUACAUCCUCAUUCAGUAACUCAUGAAGGCAAGUAUCAGUUGCCAUAUUCAUGUACUAAGUGUUAUUGAAUUAAUCAUCUUUAAAUUGAAAACGUCCGACCCUGCUUUCAAGAUUGACAUAACCUCAAUAGCGCAAGUUAGCUACUUUCAUUGGACAAUGGACAAUACGAGGUGUGUCUUAAAUUGAGACACCAUUUACCGACAUAUUCGUACAUCCUCAAUCAGUAACUCAUAGGUCGUUUCAAUAUUGAAUGACUAGUGGAGACAUGUACACAAAUGUCAGUUGUCAACUUCAAGAACCAAUUGUCUUUAAAUUGAAAAAGUACGAUCCUGCUUUCAAGAUUGACAUGACCUCAAUAUGAGGACGAAAUAGAGCAAACUUAUUAGCUUUUCCUGUAUGUUUUCAUCAAUAAGUAUUUAAAUUAUGUAUACAUUUUACAAGAAAUAGUUAGUCAAAUUAGUUGGUAUAGGUACUCUAUGAAAUAAACGAG